AUGGUGAGACUCAACAAUAGCAACUUUGGUCGGUUGCCCUUUCAGGUUAUCGGGAUCAUGAUUUGGAUGUAUUUCCAAGUUGAUCUGGGCAGCCGACAACAGCAACAACCAGCCACCGGCAGAUCACAAACAAGAGUAUCACAAGAUAUCAUCAUCCUUGUAUCUUACAUGACUCUCAAGAGACCCAGGCGCCCAUCCUUCGGCCUACUGGGCCUUCCCUUCGGGGGUGUGGGCCGCGAGCUCCAGGCGCUGGGCAUCGACUUCGCAGUGAAUGUGCCGACCAUCCUCGUCCCCCCGAUCAACCCGUGGGCGUCGACCUUCAUCCCACUGCCGUUCCACUUGGUGAGCCCGCACAAUAUGACUUUCGUGGACAGGCUUCUGGUGGUCGGCGGCAACAGCCUCUUGAACUUUGGGCGGCAUCUGGCCGUGGCUGCGGGCUUUCAGUUCUCUUUCAUGCCAGACUUGAGCCCUGAUAUGUGGCGGGGCCGUCUUGCAUUCGUGAACAGCAUCCCGGGUGUCGACUAUCCACAGCUCUUGCCACCUCUGGUGCAGUACACGGGCCCGGUCGUGGAUGUGAAGAAGAUGGAGCCGUUCCCGCCAGAAGUGGAGACGCUGGACAAGCAAACCUGGUCCUGGCUGGAGUCUGUCCCUGAGGGAAUGCCGGUCGUCUACGUGAGCUAUGGCACCAUUGUGCGGCUGACUGCGGAGAGGGUGAUGGCAACACUGUCCACGCUGACGUCCACAGAACACUUCACGCUCUGGGCUUUGCCCAAGACUCAGCAGGUCGGCUUGCCAGAUACCUUGCCGCCCAGCGUCAUGAUCCACCACUGGAUUCCCAGCGCCCGGGCGCUGGCGCACCCGAAGGUGAAGGCCUUCGUUUCCCACUGCGGAGGGAACUCGGCUGUCGAGUGCAUGGCCAUGGGCAAGCCACUUAUUGGCUACCCGCAGUUUGGGGAUCAGAUGGCUGUUUGCCGACGCAUUGCGGAUGCGGGUGCAGGGAUCACAGGUCCUCAGGGUGGCUGGGUCCAGGCUGAGGAUGUGCGGCACGUCCUCGCCGAGCCCCGCUAUGCUGCGCGGGCGCAGACCAUGUCGCGGCUUCUGGAGAAGUUCGGGGGCACGUCACGAGCCGCCGACCUUUUGGAGAUGGCGGCUGCCGGCGACCUUGCGCCACUGAGAACGCCCCUGGAAGGCAGGGAGGCUUUAGUAUCUUUAGUAUCGGGCCUUUAUAUCACGAAAGUGGAGCUCGGCUUGAGUUCGUCUUGCUUUAGUAGGCAGAGCUGGACAAGGUCUGGAAAGUCGAUCGUAGGAUGA